CCUCCCGGGGCAGGAGCUCAGGGGCCGGGCAGGAGGGUCCUGUGGGCCGGAUGUGGCCGGCGGGCCGUAGUUUGCCCACCUCUGUUCUAGUCAAUGUGGCCUGGUAUCCUAUCUAUAUUAUAUAGUGCUGUAUAUCAGACUGUUGCUUCCUGGGAAGGUAAAGAUCCCUACAUUCAUGCACCUCUCCAAAUGGGCAUUGUUAUGGGGGUGGGAUUCCUUCCUUCCUUCCCUUCCUCUCAGGCUAUCAAUUUUAUUUGUUAGGGUCACUAUCCCCUUUUACCAUCAGAAAGAAUACUUGUGCAGUUGCAAGUAUUUUUAUUAUAGCGGUAGUGGUAUGUUUUUGAUCAUUUUAUGGUGUUCUCCUUUACUGCAAAUAUUUUGCUGUAGAUUCUGUAUAUUCAGUAAAUAUAGUGCUGAAGAUUCUGACUGAAAUGUUUCUGCCUCAUAUCAACCUUUCAGAAUUAGAGCAAACCUUUUUCUCAAAAGUGUUACCCAAGGCAAUACAAUUAUUUGAUGAUUUGUUGUAUGAAUUAUCUAGUCAAGCCAAAGGACUAACCAGCCAGAACACAGAAUUAUGCAAAGCGGUGAGGAAUGUUUUACAGACUAUGGUGCAGCUGCUGGAAACUCUGACGGGUUGUGUGCGACAUAUCUGUACCCUGCAGGAGCCUGUGCCUCUAGAGAGUAUCCGUAGCCUUCCCUCUUCCAUUCUAUAUGUAAUCAAAAACACAUUUAUGCAUUGCAAGGACAGCGAGUCACUGUACAGUGGGUGCCUGCACUUGAUUUCUGGCCUCCUCCAAUCUCUGUUUAAAGAGACCUAUUCUCUUCAAAAGCAGCUUAUGGAGCUGCUUGAUAUGAUCUCUAUGGAAUCCGCUUCUGCUGAGGACAGUAUUGUAGAUAUGGUGUCAGUGAUCCACACUGUGCUGGAGAUCUGCUCUAUCAUUUCCAACAUGGACCAUGCCCUUCAUGCCAACACAUGGAAGUUCAUAAUCAAGAAUUUAUUCCUUUCCUCUCUGAUUCCUGCUGUCAAUUACACCAGCUGUAUCUUCAGAUAUAUAGCAAAUUUCCUCCUAGUCUGUAUGCUCCGGUGAUUUCAGAGGCCCAUCGAGAUGAAAUAGCCAGGGUUUUUCUGGUGGCACUGGACCCUCUCAUUCAGCAGCUUCUUCCCUUCAGGCCUUUUGUGGAGCAGGUAUUAAGUGAAAAAUUAGAUCUUUCUCCUGAGUUACAUCUGCCGCAGUGUCAUCUUCUGGUUGCCGUAAUGGAUAAGCUUCCCUCUCAGCCUGAGGAUGUGCAGGCUCUCUG